UAGUUAGAUGUUGUAUAAAUGAUUGUUUUUCUUUUCUUCCUUAGUUUUUUUUUCUUCCAUUUUUUGAAUGAUGCCCUCCUGUGAACGUAACUGGGCACGUCACUCUGGUCUUUUUCGCCGAGAGCACGCUGCUGCAGCGUCCUUACACUCUUUAAUGAACUUUUUUGAACAAGUCGUGAGAAAUACUUAAAUUUGUAUGACUUUCUGAGUGCAGUUACGUUUUGCAAAGCUGCCUUUUUCACAGCAAAGUUCACCGUGAAAGGCCUCAAAAGAUGUCACGGAAGCCUCCCAAAAGAGGGGCGAAGAGAAAGUUAGCAGUCAGUAAUGUGAUUUUAGAGCAACAGUCCAAAUCAUCCAAAGUCACCUUCCUCAGUCCGUCUCUGAUCCUGCUGGAAAUCCCCCCCGACACCAACACCAGCCUCCCAGUGUGGGAGGCCAUGAGGUCCCAGCAGGUCCAUGUGGCCUGGACUGUCCACCCUUACAGCGUCAGUGUCCAUUUAACCCCUGAGACCCCACAGCGAGGGACGACUUCCAGCAGCCGAGGUAAAAACACUUCGAGUGGAACCUCAGUGCCUUCUCCUGGGACCCUGCAGCCCCAGAUGGUCCUCCAACCGGUCACGCUGCAGCACGGAGUCAUCCAGAACUCCUGCGUCCUGCUCACCAUUCCCCAAAACACCACCCAGUUGCUGCCGAGCCUCCCAGUCCAACCACAGCCCAUGCCUCCAGCCCCGACGCCAGCCACCUUCCUGCCUCUGGUCAUCACCCAACCACAGCCUGCCGUUCAGCCCAGCACCCCUUCCAAGAAACUGGUCCCCAUCAUUUCAAAAGCCACCGCCACCAACCCGUCAGUCCCCGCUGUGUACCACACCAAGAGCUCCCCUGACAUCGAGAUCUGUGACCACUUCCUCCUGGGGUCGUGUAGUGAAGCGGCGAAGUGCAAGCUGCACCACACGCCCUACCCCUUCCACUGGCAGCUGUGGUGCCUCAACAGCCACCGCUGGACCAGCAUCCCUCCGCCCUCCCAGCUCCUACUGGAGAGGUUGUACUGUAAUGUGGACCAAGAGUCAAUCAGCAUCAAGGACGGGCCACAUCGCUACAAUCUCCACUUUGACUCAAUGGAUCUGGAAGAGUUUGAGAAGUAUGAUGCUGUCAGACGACUGACGAACUCUGAGAGUCCUCUCAAGAACCCUUACUUCCCCAGCAAGUGGAAGCUCUACUGGUGGGACAUCCAUUACUGGGCCGAGUACGGCCAGGACGUGUCCACAAUCCUGCUAAACAAGAUGAAAGAAAAGGAGCCCGAGUGUUCCUUCUUCAUCGGCUCUCAGCAGUACAAGGUGGACUUCACCGUCAUGACCCAGACCAACGUCACCACCGGGUUCAAGAGAGAGAUCCGCUGCAGACCCGUAUACCGCUCCCCUGAGUCCAUGAAGCCUCACCUGCAGACGGGACUCCGUACUGACCCCCCUCCUCCAGGGAACAACUUCAGCCUGGACCCUCUGGCUGAGUUCAGCUGCUGGUACCCCCCAGUGUGGUGUCUGGCCUCGGAGCAGGACUACAGCCUGGUGGAGCUUCCAGCCGGCUCCAAGGCCUACCGGAGCGUUCAAAGUUUCUUCUAUGAGAGUCUGCCCGAGACCAGGGUGGACAUCGUCAACAUCCAGCAGGUCCACAACCGCCUCCACUGGGACAAGUAUCAGAGGCAGAAAGCUCACAUGAUAAAGGAACACCACACAGCGGAGCCUCUGGAGAGACACGUGUUCCACGGGACGAACCAAGAGGCCGUAGAGGGAAUCUGCAGGAACAACUUUGACCCCCGUAUGGCCGGGGUCAACGGGACGUCUUUCGGCAUCGGCUCCUACUUCACCACGGACGCCUCCUAUGCACACAAGUUCUCACCAAAGACUCCAUCUGAGGUCUGCCACAUCUUCCUGGCCAAGGUCCUGGUGGGGAACGUGUGUGUGGGGCGGAGAGACUACCGCCGCCCGCCCAACUCCAGGUCCAAGAAGCUCACGCUCCACACGUGCGUGGACAACAUUAACAACCCGACAGUCUUUGUCGUCUUCGACAGCUGCCAGUGUUAUCCGUAUUACCUGGUCAACUACAGAGACCUGCCCGGGGAGGUGGAAAUAUAAUGAGGAGAGUCUUUGAUAGCAGGGGAGCUAGUUGAUGCUUAUUGUUCAGGCAUAGAGUCAUGGAAAAAAAUAUUAGAUCACCCUUUUUCAUCAGUUUAUUCUU